CCUGCCCGUGAGCAAUCUAAUACUCUUUGGCAAUCUCCCAUCUCGUCUCUCUAUUCUUCGAGUCUCGUUGUUCCAUUCAUCGUCGUUCGGUUGCAUAACCUAAAAUUAUAAUCUCAGUGAGUGCGAUUGGUAUAAAUAUAAAUAUAUGUGUAGAAUCGGAAAGACAUGGGAAUUGAAUAAGAAUUUCAAGGAAUGAGUAGUUAAUAAUUACGGAUGACAGUUGCAAGGCACGUCAGAGAGCGUAAAGUCGCUCUAGAAAUAUGCGAAUAUGACGCGCAAGUGCGUGCUUUGCAAGGAAACAAAUUACAAAAAUGCGUACAGCUUCUUUUCCGCACCUAAGGAUCCAGAAAUACGGAAGAAAUGGCAGGAUGCCCUCGCUGGGGAAAAUCACAUGGUCACAGAUGGAACGUAUAUUUGCAGUAAGCAUUUCCAUCAAAGCGAUAUCAUUACGCACUGGGUGAGUGGAGUUCCUCCACAUGUAGUCACGAUAAAAUAUAAAAAAUGUAGAUUAAAACCAGAUGCUGUACCGGAAUUAAAUCUAAUACCCAAAACUAACAUAUUGGAUAAGGAGGAAGAUUAUGUGCAAUUUAAAGUCAACAAGAAUACUUUUCCUCCUGGGAAAAUUCAAGCUAAGGCAUGUAUUCGAGAGAGGCAUGAAGCAGAAACCUUUCUGAUACCUAGAGAAGAUUUUUCCCAAGAGGCUGUAGAAAGUUACAAAAGUAACGACAUUCCUGUUAACAACGGAGAAUGUAAAAAUUCUAGAGAGACUGAGAACCGUUUCGAUACCAAUUUGUACAGGAAUGACGUCAUGGUGUUAGACAAUGCCUCUGAUGAGUUCAUUGAUACACUGGACACCCAUUUAAGUGAGAGCGUACAGAACUCUGACGAUGGAUCAAAGGUUCAUAACGAUUAUACGAUUAGUAAGGAUCGUAUAAAGGAUGAGUUCACAUAUGUCGGUUCGGGUGAAAACGCUUUAAGUGAGAAUCAAGAUCCAGUUACAAUGGAGACUACUAUAAUUAAUGAGCCAGUUGCACAUGCAAUAGAAACACCAAUGAUUUUAGAAGAACCUGUAAAAACUUCAGAGACACAGGAUGUUAAUAUGAUUAAUAAAAGUUUAUACAAGGAAUAUCAGGAUCUUGAUUCAAACUCUCAUUUCAAAGUAACCAUGACAAAUAGGGAUGAAAUAUUGUACGUGAAAGAUUUCACUGCCUCAAACGACAAUAAAUCUAACGAAGCCCUAUUAGAUGAUGAAAUCAUGCUCUUUGAAGACUUCUUAGAAGUUUAUACCGAAGUAGUAUUGCCACAAGGCUGGUCAUGCAUGGUUGCAUCCAAGAAACAUGCUACUACAGUGAUGUAUAUAUUCUUGGGUAUGUUAGGAAAUGGAAUGCCAUGUAUCGAGAAGCAAGUAUUUGUCAAGAGUGACAUGCUAAUGCGCUGUGGUGCAGGUAACAUUGAAAUCGACCCUGUGAUAUAUGAUCUCACGUCAGAUAAUAUGGGUACCAAAGUUCGUUCGUUGUCGGAUCUUGAAGAAUUCAUUGAAGAGUUUCAUCAAAGAACUUUGUGCUCAGGAAUUUCUAACAAGAAGAUGCCUAAACAAUUUGAUUCAUCUUUGGCAUAUAGGGAAGGUGACAAAUGGAGACACAUAGGUUGUCCAUUCAUUCUCAACAAUGAAACUGCGGUAUGCUCUAAGUGCAAGUCUUUAAAAAACAGUAGAUCGUGUAAUAGAUCAAAGAAAUUGAUGUACCUUUUGGAAGCAUCAAAUCCAACGAAAGUACAAGGCCUUCAAAAAACAGUAAGGCAUGAUCCGGGGUUUCAAAUACCGAACAAAGAUUUCAAAGACAAAUUCCGAUCAUCGUAUACAGUGUCCAAGAAACAAAUCCUGGGAGCCAUUAAGUCAAUGAAGUUGCCAGAAAUCCAGAAGUUAAUGAUAAAAGAGUGUCUGAGAGCUACCCAUGAUGGGAAGAACGACACCAAGAACACACAGUAUUCGGAGAGCUGGGUAUUUUUAUGCCUCCUGCUUUAUAUCGAGUCUCCAGGCAUGUAUAGAUACAUGAUGCUUAACAAUUUCAUGACUUUGCCUCCCAAGCGGAUCAUACAGAGGUAUCUUCAGAGGAUAAAGUCUGAGCCCCAGUUUCGCACUCUUUUCCGGCGUACUAUUGAAUCGUUUCUCUUAAUUGAAAACGAAGACGUAAAAGAAAUUACAGAUACUACAGGAAGAUAAUUCAGCUGAGCUUAAUUUUAAUAUAUAAUAUGCACAGUCAUCUUACUUCCCUCUUGUUGAAGAAAUUCCUGUUUCUGUUAGCUGUAGGCACAUGUGUACAUCUAAGUUAGGAAUAUUCUAACCUCGGAUAGAAACGAAAAUUUAAGUACUGAGCUAUAAAAAUACACUUUUUUACGUCGAUGCAUUGGCAUUAUCAAUAUGUACACCUGGUCAAUUACUACACUGUUAUUUUCCAAUUACAUUUAUUUUGGCUUGAAAA